AGUUAAAUAAAUGUGACAGGUAAAAAAGCAAUACCCUCCGAAAUGAUUGACUAGAGAGGAAUAAAAAAUCGAUAAAUAAUACGCAAUGACUAAAAAUGAAUAAUAAAAUAAGUGUCGACGCACAUGAUGCAUACAUUGACCUUCUGGGCAUAUUAUAUUCAUCCCCUGAUGGAAAAUACAUGAAUAUAAUACAUGAAUUCUACACCUGUAAACUGAAACUGAAACGUUAUAGCGCAGAAUCCUCCCCCGAUAUAUACAAAGACCCUUCCAACAGAGAAUUCGGCGUCGCUUAUCGUUUCUCUUUGUAUAAUGGUGCAGACUAUCCGCAUCUUUACUAUCACACCUACUCUUUUGAUAAUCUUCUUAAGCCAAGUCUCUGCUAAAUUCUGCAAUGGAGGGCAUGAUUGCUCUCCUCCAAAAGAGUGCUGCUCACUGGGCUGUUGUUAUAUGUAUUCACAGCCAACAACUCCAGUCACCGAAAUGUUCGCGUUCUUGAUUUGGACUUAUUGGUAUUUAUGGGCAGCAAUAUUAGCAGGAUUAACACUUGCUGCGGUGUGUGGAUGCUGGCUAUGGCAACGACGUCGAUUAGGAUCAUCGGGUGAUAGCUCAAUAUCUGAUCGUGCAUCAUCAUCAUCAUUUUACCCGCCACCACAUUACAGUCGUUGUAGUUCUUUUGUCCAGGCGCUGCCACCUCCGUAUAAUGAGGUAACGGCGAAACCGGAUUUGUACCCAUUAGUAAUCGGAUUUGACGAAGGAAUGGGCAAAGGAACAUCAGGUUUUGUAAUGCGAUACUUCCGUACAUUGUCACACGCAAGUACUUUGGACUCACUCAGUUCGAGUUUCAUGUGUAAUGUAGUGAAUGAAGCUAAUACUAUUAUUCCACCUCCGUAUUCGUGUAACAACAGUAUCGAUGAAUUAUCAACGAUGGGGUGCGAUAGAGUGGAAAUCGGUGCUGGGGAAUCCGUUGUUUCACUUGCCAAUAAUAGAACAACCUCAGACAUAUCAAGCUUAGCGGCACAAUCACCGUGUUCCCCACCUAGAGCUACUAGUCCGACGUUAGAAUUACGAGAAUUGCUAGACAAAAUUCAACAGCUACCAAAUGAACACAAUAGCAAUGUGAUAAAUCAUCAAAACCGAGCGCAAGCGUUGCAUUCAUCAAAUAUUAAUUCAUCAUUACAAAGACCACCAAGUCCUAGUGGUGAAUGUGCAUCCUCGCGUAUGAGACGGGCUCGAGGAAAAAUGUACAUGCCUUUAGGAUUGCCUAAUUCGAGAAAUAAAACCAAGCGAUGGCUUUCUAGAUCAGCGCCUACUACUCCAUCCGGUAAUAUUCCAAUGGCUUUAUUUCCCGGACAAAAUAUGAGGCCUUCGGAACACGAUAAUUACAAUCAACAAGUUAUACCAUUGUUGUCGGAACAAGAAGAAACCGAUAAUAUUAAUAGUAUUGAAAAUUCACAUAAUGUUACUUCAUUAUUGAGAGAACGGGAGGAACAAUUAUGACAACAAUA